UCGUUUCUCUAUCUCUUUUCUUCUUCUUCGUCUUCUCCUUCUUCUAGGGUUUGUUUCUGUUGGAGCUAAGACGAUGGCCGACGAAGCUCAAUACUCCUCCGGCCCCGAUUCCGGCGGCAAUAAGCGAAAAUACGAGGAGCCUACUACCCGCCGUGUCACCGGCUUCUCAGCCCCCAUCCUCCCUUCCUCAUCGCCCGACUCUGUGCCGACGUCCUACAGCAGCGUCCCUCCCCCCGUCGACGACAUCCAGCUGGCCAAGCAGCGCGCCCAGGAGAUUGCUGCUCGCUUGUACAACAACGCCAGUAGCGGCGUCGCCGCCGCCGCCGGACUCGAAACCAAGCGCCCUAGAGUUGACAACGGCGGCGGCUACGAUUCCGGUGACAGAGGCUUCAGCUCCAUUCCAUCUGAUGCCAAGCCUUACUCAGCUCCAUCGUCGAUUCCAGUUUCGUAUGGAUUCCAAGGAGGGAGCAAGAAGAUUGCGGUUCCGAAUGGCAGGGUUGGUGUUAUUAUUGGUAAACAGGGAGAGACUAUUAAGUAUCUUCAGGCUCAGUCAGGAGGAGCCAAGAUUCAGGUUACUCGAGAUGCGGAUGCCGACCUCAACUGUCCUACUAGGGAGGUGGAGAUCAUGGGAACUCCAGAGCAGAUCUCAAAAGCUGAGCAUUUGAUAAAUGAAGUUCUUGCUGAGGCUGAAUCAGGUGGUCCUGCUGUAGUUUCUCGAAGAUCAACUGGACAAGCAGGAGCUGAAACAUUUGUAAUGAAAAUUCCUAACAACAAGGUUGGUCUUGUAAUUGGUAAACGAGGGGAAACUAUUAAAAAUAUGCAAGCUAGUACUGCUGCUCGUAUCCAGGUGAUUCCUUUGCAUCUUCCCCCCGGUGACACCUCAAUCGAAAGGACAGUACAAAUUGAUGGAACUAGUGAACAAAUUGAAGCUGCCAAACAGUUGGUGAAUGAAGUUAUUAGCGAGAACCGUGCUAGAAACCCAGCAAUGGGUGGAGGAUAUUCACAGCAAGGUUAUCAAACACGUCCUCCCACUGGCUGGGCUCCUAGUGGUCCUCCAAUGCAACAACCUGGUUAUGGAUAUGGACAGUCUGGAGCAUAUUCUGGUGCAACACCUCAAUAUAAUGCAUCUCAGCCUUCUUAUCCUGGCUAUCCUCCUCAACCUGCAUCUGGUGGAUAUCCCACCAAUUGGGAUCAGUCAGCUGCUGCACCAACUCAGCAGACCUCUCAGGGAGGUAGUUAUGAUUACUAUUCCCAACAACCCUCACACCAGCAGCAAAACCCUGGUGGUUCUGCUGCGCCAGCGGAUAAUGCUAGCUACAAUUAUGGCCAGCCGCCUAUUUCAGGCUAUAAUCAGCAAGGACAAGGUUAUUCUCAAGAUGGCUAUGGUGGAUAUCAGGCACCACCUCAAUCUGGGUAUGGCCAGCCACCAGCAUAUGAUCAACAUGGUUAUCCUGCAGCCAACUAUGGUAAUGUGAGCAACCCAGCUCCAGAUACUUCCUCUUAUGGAUCUCAGGGGGAAUCAGCCCAAGCACCUCCUGUGCAGCCUGCUCCAGGGGGCCAGCAAGCAUACACUGCCAAUCAACAGCCUAGCCCAAACCCUGCAAGUUACCCGCCCCAAGUGCCUUCUCAGCCAGGUUAUGGAAUGCCCCCAACUUCUCAAACUGGUUAUGGGACUCAACCACCUGCUCAAUCUGCAUAUGGGCCUGGAUAUGGAGCACCACCUCAAGCACAAAAGCCUCCUGCUCAGUCACCCACCACUCCCGGUAGCUAUGGUCAACCACCAGCUGUGCAUCCAGGUUAUCCCCAUUCUCAGCCUCCACCUUCCGGAUAUGCUCAGCCUGAUUCUGGUGCACGUGUCCCACCAUCCAGUUAUGGUUCUACAGCAGCUCAGGCAGGCUAUGGUGGCCCCCCAGCGUAUGGUGCACCGCCGUCUGGUCAGCCAGGUUAUGGGCAGGCACCACCCUACAAUACAUCUUAUGGGGCUGCAGGAUACACACAGCCUCCUGCAUAUUCUGCUGAAGGAGCGAAUGGAAACACUCGUGGUGGGGCAUAUGAUGCUGCUGGUGCUGGUGCUCCUCCUGCUUCACAGACUGCUCAGCCAAGUGGAGUUGCCAAGACUUCCCCACAGAGUUAAAAGUGGGUUUUAAUAUUUGGUUGUGUUGUAUUUCUGUAGCAAGGCUAGUUAGGUUAGUGUUUUUAUGGAACUCUGUAUUUGGAUUUGUACUGUUUCAGUUAUUUGUUAUUGCUAGAUCUUAAAUUUCUUGUUUCCCAUGCUUUUUAUUUCCUCCUGAAUCCUAUCUUUGUUCUAUUUGAAUAAUUUGGUUUAUGGUGG